AUGGGAAAUGGAUCGGUAAAACACAAGUAUAUGAAGAGGCCCGACGGCCAUGCGGAGAACUGCCCUUUCGGCUGCUCGGGCGGCGGCAAGUUGGGGAAGGAGCCAGUUUUGAACAUCAGCACCAUCGCCGGGGCAGCGGACCUCCUGCGGAGCAAAGUUUGGGAGCUGGAAAGGGAGCUGAAGAGGCAGGAGGAGGAGCUGCAGGAGAGGAGCUACCACAUCAUCGAGCUCCAGGAGCAGCUGGCCAAGCAGACCCGGACCAUCGCCGACCUCACCGAGGAGCUCAAGUGUAAAUGCAUCCAGCUGAACAAGCUGCAGGAUGUGGUGGACACCCAGGGGGCGAACCCCUUCCUCUUUUCCCCUCUUAGAGAGACACCCCAGGUCGGCCCGGUGGCGUCUAAUAACAGGAGGAGAGGGGCCAAGGAAGGGGUCUCGGCCGAGCCCACCACCCGGACGUACGACCUGUCGGAGCAGCCUCGGUUUUCCUUCGAGAAAGCAAGAGUGCGGAAGCCUUCCAGUGAGAAAAAGCUUAUCACAGAUGCCCUGACCAGGAACCAAUUUCUGAAGAGACUGGAUCUGCAACAGAUCAGAGAUAUGGUAGAAUGUAUGUACGGGAGGACGUACCAGCAGGGGAGCUACAUAAUCAAACAAGGAGAGGCUGGCAACCAUAUAUUUGUACUGGCAGAGGGCAGAUUGGAGGUCUUUCAGCAGAACAAGUUGCUCUCAUCCAUUCCUGUGUGGACAGCAUUCGGCGAGCUGGCAAUUUUAUACAAUUGCACCAGGACAGCCUCCGUGAAAGCUGUCACCAGUGUGAAAACAUGGGCGUUAGACAGAGAAGUUUUCCAGAACAUUAUGAGGAGGACAGCCCAAACAAGACACGAACAAUACAGAAACUUCCUUAGAAGUGUGUCUUUGCUGAAGAAUUUGCCCGAAGAGAAGUUGACCAAGAUCAUAGACUGCUUGGAAGUGGAAUACUAUGACAAAGGGGAUUACGUGAUUCGUGAGGGAGAGGAAGGAAACACCUUUUUUGUCAUAGCCAAGGGGAAGGUUAAAGUCACCCAGACCGCCGAAGGAUGCACACAGGCCCACCUGAUCAAAAUACUGCAGAAGGGAGAUUACUUUGGGGAAAAGGCCCUGAUCAGCGAUGAUGUCAGGUCUGCGAACAUAAUUGCAGAUGAAAAUGACGUGGAGUGCCUUGUUAUAGACAGAGAAACCUUCAAUCAAACAGUCGGCACGUUUGAAGAGCUCCAGGCGUACCUCGUGGGUUAUGUGGCGAAUUUGGCUCGUGACGAUGAAAAACGGCAAGCUCAAGUUUCGUCCUCUGAACGGCUGCCCAGCGAUGUCUCUUUAGAGCUGAUACAGCUCAAAGAAAAAGUAACCCACUUUCCUUCUUCCAGUCCGUUUCAAAACCUGGAAAUUGUCGCUACCUUGGGUGUCGGUGGUUUCGGAAGAGUUGAGCUUGUUAAAGUCAAGAAUGAGAAUACAGCUUUUGCCAUGAAAUGUAUCAAAAAGAAGCACGUAGUGGAUACCAAGCAGCAAGAGCACAUUCACUCAGAAAAGAGGAUUCUAGAAGAAGUCUGUUCACCGUUCAUUGUGAAGUUGUACCGCACUUUCAAAGACAACAAAUACGUUUACAUGCUCUUGGAAGCCUGUCUGGGAGGCGAACUCUGGAGUAUCCUGCGGGACAGAGGCAGUUUUGAUGAAACCACUACAAAGUUCUGCGUCGGGUGUGUGACGGAAGCCAUAGAAUAUUUGCAUCGCAUCAGUGUUAUCUACAGGGACCUGAAGCCGGAAAAUUUAAUUCUGGAUGCCCAAGGCUAUAUAAAACUGGUUGAUUUUGGAUUUGCUAAGAAAAUUGGAGCUGGACAAAAGACCUGGACCUUUUGUGGCACUCCUGAAUAUGUUGCUCCUGAAGUCAUUCUGAAUAAAGGACAUGAUUUCAGUGUGGAUUUCUGGUCGCUCGGAAUACUUGUCUAUGAAUUGCUCACAGGAAAUCCUCCAUUUUCUGGGGUUGAUCAGAUGAUGACCUACAAUUUGAUUCUAAAAGGCGUUGAAAGACUAGAUUUUCCCAGAAUAAUAUCCAAGCGUCCUGAAGAUCUGAUUCGGCGGCUCUGCAGACAAAACCCUACCGAGAGAAUAGGAAACCUGAAGAAUGGCAUACAUGAUAUAAAGAGGCACAGGUGGCUGAACGGUUUCAAUUGGGAGGGACUCCGAGCCAGGAAGAUCACAUCGCCUUUAAAAAGAGAGCUUUCAGGUCCAAUGGAUUACAGCUAUUUCGACAGAUACCCCCCAGAGCAGAGCAUCCCACCAGAUGAGCUUUCGGGCUGGGAUAAAGAUUUCUAA